AUGACUGCUCCCGAUAUCCCCCAGAAACAAAAGGCUGUAGUGUUCGACCAGCCUGGGAAGGUCUCUACCAAGGUGGUUGAGAUCGAUGUGCCUGAGCCUGGGGUUGGCGAGGUCCUGAUCAAUAUCUCCCAUUCGGGUGUGUGUCACUCUGACUUGGGGAUCAUGACCAACACAUGGCUUGGACUUCCAUAUCCGACUCGGCCUGGCCAAGUGGGAGGUCACGAGGGUGUGGGCAAGAUAGCCAAACUCGGCCCGGGCACCGAAUCCUCGGGCUUGAAAGUCGGAGAUCGUGUGGGGGUCAAAUGGAUUUCUAGUGCCUGUGGAAAUUGCCAGCCAUGCCAGGCGGGAUCUGACGGGCUGUGCUUCAAGCAAAAAAUCUCAGGCUACUACACACCCGGAACGUUCCAGCAGUACACCCUGGGACCAGCCAACUAUGUGACCCCGAUCCCCGACGGCCUAGACUCGGAGCAGGCAGCGCCAAUGCUCUGCGCCGGCGUGACAGUGUACUCAGCACUGAAGCGCAGCCGGGUGCAGCCGGGCCAGUGGGUAGCGAUUUCCGGCGCCGGCGGCGGACUGGGCCAUAUCGCGGUGCAGCUCGCGAGCAAGGGCAUGGGGCUACGGGUAGUGGGAAUCGACCACGGCAGCAAGGCCGAACUCGUCAAGGCGUCGGGGGCGGAGCACUUUGUCGAUAUCACCCAGUUCCCGUCCGAUGAUCAGGGCAAAGCGCUGGUGAAGCAUGUGCACUCGCUGACGGAUGGACUGGGUGCGCACGCGGUCAUAGUGUGUACGGCUGCGAACGCUGCGUACGCGCAGGCGCCGCCUCUGCUGCGCUUCAACGGGACGCUGGUUUGCGUGGGCAUUCCUGAGAAUGAGCCCAAGGCUAUUGCGACUGCGUUCCCGUCGCAUAUGAUUGCCAAGCACUGGACUAUUACGGGCUCGGCUGUUGGGAACCGUACUGAGGCGAUUGAAACGCUGAAGUUUGCGGCGAGGGGUAUCAUCAAGGCUCACUACCGCACAGAGAAGAUGGAUGCUCUCACCUCGGUCUUCCAGGAGAUGGCUGAGGGCAAGCUGCAAGGCCGUGUUGUGCUUGAUCUAUCGGAUUGA